AUGGACUUCUCAAACCUCCAAGACAAGGUCAGCAACCUGACAUUGUACGACCUCAAGGCCGGUGUCCGUAAAGUUCAGAAUGCCGUCAUGAACUAUACCGAGAUGGAGGCGAAGGUCCGGGAAGCAACGAACAAUGAACCUUGGGGUGCCUCGACUACAUUGAUGCAGGAGAUCGCCAAUGGAACACACAGCUACCAAUUGCUCAACGAGAUCAUGCCCUUGAUUUACAAGCGAUUCACCGAUAAGAGUGCCGAGGAAUGGAGACAGAUCUACAAGAGUCUCCAGCUUCUCGAAUUCCUUGUUAAGAAUGGCUCAGAGCGGGUGGUCGACGACGCACGAUCUCACAUGUCGCUGUUGCGGAUGUUGCGGCAAUUCCACUACAUCGACGUGAACGGGAAGGAUCAGGGUAUCAACGUACGCAAUAGGUCCUCAGAGUUGGUCAAACUUCUGGGCGAUGUGGAUCAGAUUCGCACUGAGCGCAAGAAGGCUCGUACCAAUCGCGACAAGUUCGGUGGUUUCGAAGGUGGCAUGGGCGUUGGUGGGGGUAUGUCUUCUGGCUCUAGCCACUAUGGUGGUUUUGGAAGUGAUAGCAUGGGAUACGGCGGAUACAGCGGUGGUGUGUAUGGUGACGGCGGAGGUUUCGGCGGAGCCUCGAGUGAUUUCCAGGACUCUAGUCGUGACACCAGCCGUCGCGGUAACCGGUUCGAGGAAUAUGACGAGUACGACGAAGGAGAAUCUAGCGCCCCACGGCGUGAGUCUGCUGCAGCUCCCAGGGCCAAGCCAGAAGCGAAGAAGCCAGAACCUGCACCGGUGGCAGACCUCUUUGAUUUCGGUGAUGACGAGCCUGCGGCCACUACUACAACGGCGUCCUCCACUGCUGCCGGCAAGCAGCCCGCCAACAACGCGCUGAACAUGCUGGACUCGACCGCAGAUGAUGACGAGUUCGACGACUUCCAGUCUGCCACUCCGGCGGUUCAACCCUCAGCGCCUGCUACGGCCAACUACUCCAUUCAGCCCCCUGCCUCCACUCACAGCACCACCUCCAGCACCCAAUUUGCUGCACCGGUACCCGUCUCAGCCUCGCAGGGCGCCAACAUCAAUGGCAUUGUCGGCUUCACAUCGGCCACGCCAACUCCCUCUACCAGCUCCCUCGCCUCACCGGUGUCGCAGACCGCGCCUAUCCAGCCGCAGCCCAUGGCUCCAAAGCCUUCGGGAUACCAGGCCGCUAUGCCCAACUAUUUCACCUCCGUCUCAACUGGUGCCGCCCAGCCAUUCUCCUCCCACGCCGCCAACCCCUCCCUCUCCUCUCCAGCUGCUUCCACCGCGGCGAGCAAGCCCGCUGCCAAGACCGCGGGCAAAUCUUCUGGCGAUGCAUUCGGCUCCCUGUGGUCCACAGCUAGCGCUAGCGCUGGUAUCUCCAAGUCCAACGCAAACGCAAACAAGGGCCCCAAUUUGGCCAGCAUGGCCAAGGAAAAGGCCAGUGCCGGUAUUUGGGGUGCCCCAGCUGCAUCGGGUUCGUCGGCCCAGUCUCAACCCCAACAGAAGCAGGGCGGUGGCUCUGCAUUCGAUGAUCUGCUGGGUUGA